AUGGCGACCGUGGGAAAACCCUCGGAACACGACGACAGAUAUCCAAACUCUAGAUCUGGCCCGUCGCACCAUGAUUCCACCGGAGAGGUACAACCGCUCCUCGGUCCCUCGACCGUGGCCGUCAAAUCACCCGGUGUCGCUCGCAUCGAAAUCAUUAAUGCCUCACUUACGCGAAAUGACCGGAUAAUGAUGUUCCUGGGCGUGUUCCUGGUCGGAUACGCAUAUGGCCUGGACAGCCAAGUGCGCUCUACUUACCAAUCAUACGCUACAUCCAGUUUUGGUGAGCAUUCACUACUAGCGACCGUCAACGUGGUCCGCAGUGUUAUUGCCGCAGCCGCCCAACCAGCUGCCGCUCGCAUCGCAGACGUAUUCGGUCGAUUUGAACUCGUGGCCGUGUCGAUGGUUUUCUACUUGAUCGGUACGACGGUGGAAAGCUGUGCAACUUCGAUCGAGAUGUUCUCGACUGGCACGGUUCUAUAUCAGCUGGGCUAUACCGGAAUCGUUCUGCUGGUGGAGAUUAUCAUUGCAGAUAUUACGUCGAUGCGGUCGCGGGUGUUCUUCAGCUAUCUUCCCGCUACGCCGUUCAUUAUCAAUACUUGGAUUAGUGGGAAUAUCACUUCCACAGUUCUGAGCAAGACUGGGUGGCGAUGGGGAAUCGGCAUGUGGUGUAUCAUUUACACCGUGUGUUCGCUGCCUCUGCUUUGCACUUUGUUUUACACUAGCCGACGGGCACAGAAGACUGGGGCUUUGGAAAAUCAUCCGAGCCCGCUGCGGUUUUUUGGCACACAUCGGUUGGCGGUAGAUAUGUUCCAUCAGCUUGAUGUUGUUGGUAUCUUUCUAAUGAUCGCCAUCUUCGGUCUUAUUCUUGCGCCACUCACGAUCGCCGGUGGGACUGAAUCACAGUGGCGAUCUCCCGUUAUAAUCACACCUCUUGUUGUCGGUGUCUUGUGUAUACCAGUAUUUAUUUUUUGGGAGACGAAAGGCGCAAAACAUCCCCUUGCGCCUUUUCAUCUUCUCAAGGAUCGAGGUAUAUGGAGUGCACUCGCCAUCCGGUGCCUCCUCAAUUUCUCAUGGUAUCUCCAGGCCGAUUAUCUCUAUACAGUUCUGAUUGUUGCAUUUGACUUUUCUGUCGCGACCGCAACUCGCAUUCAAUCCUUCUACUCUUUCUUCGGGUUGAUCAGCGGUCUCAUAACGGGGAUCAUUAUUUACCGAACCCGCAGAUUGAAGUACCUGAUUAUCUGCGGAACAUGCCUUUUCAUGAUGGCAUACGGCCUAGUCCUCUAUUUCCGAGGCGGCGCAGAUGGGGGCUCCAAAGCCGGAGUGAUCACCGCCCAAAUAUUAUUGGGCCUUGCGGGCGGAUUCUUCGCAUACCCAACCCAAGCUUCCGUGCAAGCAGCCACGACACACGAGCACAUGGCCGUUCUCACUGGUAUCUACCUGGGUUCAUACAACAUCGGAAGUGCCCUUGGAACAUGUGUAUCGGGAGCCAUCUGGACACAGACCCUGUAUAAAUCACUUGUCGAGAAUUUGGCAUUCCAGUCCAAUACCACCUUGGCGCAUGCUGUCUACGAUUCGCCCUUCGAGGUAGUUCCUUCCUAUCCAAUUGGUACACCCGAGAGAACUGCUAUCAUCCUCAGCUACCGGCAUGUACAGAGACUUCUCUGUGUUACUGGAAUAUGUCUUGCCGCGCCGAUGAUUGCGUUGGCAUUUGUUUUGCGGAAUCCUAAGCUCUCAAAGGAACAGAGCCAGCCUGAGGCUGAGAGAGAGGAUUAG